AUGGCACCAAAGAGAAAGGCAGAAGGAUCUACAUCUUCUAAGAAGACAAAGAAGACUACCUCUAAGUCUAAGAAUGAUUCGGAGCUUUUAUCAUUAGAUCAAAUACAAGAUCUUGGAGAUCAAAUUAUUGACUCAUUUAAAGUUAACAAUUUCGUUGAGUUAUUAGAUCAACUUAAGAAAGUGAAAACUAUACUAGAAUCAAAUGAACAUGUUGAGACUGAAUCUCUUGGUCGUAAUAUCGCAGUUAUUUUAUUCAAAUGUUUCCAAAAACUCCUUAAAGAUGGUCAAAUGAUAAACAAGAAAUCCAAUGAUGAAAAGAAGAAAGUUGUUGCAAAAUGGCUUUUAGAUAAAUAUUCUUCAUUCAAGAAGAUAAUCGCAGAAUAUAUUCAAGGAAAGUUAUCUUUUGAAUCCUCCUUGCAAUUAGAUUUGUUAGAAAUCAAUUUAAAUCUUAUCAAACUUGAAAGUCAGUAUUUAAAAUCAAGUUCGAAAGAUUUAUACUUCCCUAAUGUUACAUAUAAGGAAUUAAUUGAAGCCAUAAUUACCAGUAAAGCUGGAGAAAUAUCAUCUGAUGGGACCUCAACCAAUUUCAUUGUAUUAGAAUUUAUAGAAGUAUUCAAGAAGAAUUGGGAUUUACAAUUUUACUUCUUUAAUUGUUUAUCCGACCCACUUGAAGAAUGGAAACAAACCAAAUCAGAAGACGAAUUAAGAUUAAUCUUUUCAAAUGUUUAUACCAUCAUACGAACUGGAUUGCUAUUUGAUUCAGAAAAGCUCGAAGAACAACCAACUUGGAUUCAAGGUAAGUUACCAUCUAUUGCAUAUAAACAAUCCACAUUCAAGGCUCAAUAUCAAAAAUGUAUCAUAACUAUCUUAACAUAUCCAUUAUUAUCCAAUCAAUACAAGGCUAUCUUACUUGUAUUACAUAAGAGAAUUAUCCCAUAUAUGACACAACCACAAGGUCUUAUGGAUUUCUUAACUGAUUCAUAUGAUGUUGCUGAUGAUUCUGUGGUACCAAUUCUUGCAUUAAAUUCGUUAUAUGAAUUAAUGAAGAAUUAUAAUCUCGAAUAUCCUGAUUUCUAUACGAAAUUAUAUUCUUUAUUAACUCCAGAAUUGUUAUAUACUCGUUAUAGAUCAAGAUUUUUCCGUUUAUGUGAUCUUUUCCUUUCAUCUACUCAUUUAUCUGCUAGUUUAGUUGCAUCAUUCAUCAAAAAAUUGGCUCGUUUAUCUAUUGGAUCUAGUGCAUCGGGUGUUGUUAUUGUUAUUCCAUUUAUUUAUAAUUUAUUAAAGAGACAUCCAACCUGUAUGAUUAUGUUACAUAACAUAGAAGGAUCUAAGAAGAAAGAUUAUACUGAUCCAUAUGAUAAUAAUGAAAAAAAUCCGAUGAAUACAAAUGCAAUUGGAUCUUCAUUAUGGGAAUUAGAAACUUUAAUGAGUCAUUAUCAUCCAAAUAUCGCUACCUUAGCUAAGAUCUUUGGAGAGCCUUUUAGAAAGCAUAGUUAUAAUAUGGAAGAUUUCUUGGAUUGGAGUUAUAUUUCAUUAUUGGAAAGUGAAAAGACUAGAAGAUACAAAACUAUGGCUGCUUUAGAAUUUGAAGAGUUUGAUAGAUUAUUUGAUUCUAACGAUAAGAAAGAAACUGAUAGAGCAUUAAUUGAAGGUUGGACUAUAUAG